GAUUCCCUUUUCUUCUUCUUCUUUAAUCUUUACCUGUAAGCUCAGUAAGUUCAGCUCCUACAGUCCUACUCAAGCAAACUGAAACUCUUAGGGUUUCUCAAAUGCUAAAUAUCUUCACAAGUCCAUUGAACAAGAGUUAUCUUCCUGAGGUCUUGAAAGCAAGUUGAAGGACAUUUUCUUCUUCCCUUGCCGUAGCUCGAGCUCUCAGUCCCAUUACUGCCAAGUUGCAGAUCGGUGCGGUUUGGGUUUUGUUCAGAUCUCUGUGGUUUGCUGUAUGUUCCUAGUUACUGAAGUUCCUACUUUCUACGAUUAGUGCUCUGGUUUACUAAUUUUACUUGCUAUCGUCGGUUUUGCUCUACUUGCUUUCCUUUUUAGCUUUACAAGUCCUCUGUUCGAGAAGUAGUCUUCUAGGGCUCAUUGCAUCCUUGGGAUUGUAAGGCUUCUGAUAUAAAAUCUUCGUUUGAGGUUUUUAUGUACUGAUAUAGACGAAUAAUUGUCUGUACCUGUUGUCAUUCUUAUGGUUCCACUCCCCGGCUGCCAUUGCUUCAGUUCUUUUUCUGCAUUGGAAAGGAAUAGUACUUCAGUUUUUAAUUCUGCUGCUGAGAAGAUAAGGUUGCAUGAAGUAGUAUAAGCCUGAGAUCUAAAGCAGAACAAAGAUCAUUGGAUAGUUAGUGCAUUAUUAAUGACAUGGAGUAUGUGCUUCAAUUUCAAAAGCUAUGCCAGUUUGAAACCAGGAGAUUGCUUUUUGUCUUGGGGAUAGCAACUAUUAUUAUCUUACUGCUUCAGUCCUUGAUGCUUCCCUAUGGAAAUGCUCUUCUGUCUAAAUCUCUAGUUAGCAAGCUUACCAAAUUUGGGAAAAGCAAUUCUCCCCCUAAAUCUGUCAAGGUUGAUAACUUCCUGCUUGUUAAUACUUCGAACUCUACUGGUUCAUUUGAAACUCUUGAGAUGGUGAAAAAUACCAAUCUUUCCAAUGUGAUAGAAGAAACUGAGCAUGACAAUGAAACAAAUGUAGAGGCCAUUGACCGGGAGGAUGAUUUCGUAUUAGAGGACAGAGGUCCAGAUAAUGACUUUGAACUAGAUGAGGGUAUAGAGCCUGAUAAUGAAUCUUUAUUUGAGGAAGUUAUAAAUAAAAAUUCUACAUUGGAUGAUUUUAAAGAUCCACAUACUGAUCCUUUGCUGGACAAAUCUAGAGAAUCUCAACAAAAUCUUACCCAUAAGCAGAUUAUUACACCAGAUACUGAUUUUUUAUUUGGCAGCAGGCAGAAACCAGAUACAGGUUUGACACGAGAGAAAACUGAAAGUCCAGAUACUCAUGCUGCAUCUUCUCUCCUGACAUUAUCACCUGUUUCUUCAACUAGCAUAACACAUCUUAGUAAUUUAGGUAUAAGUUCCAAUGAGUCCAUUAUAUCAUUAACUUUUCAAUCUAACAAAACGAAUGAUGAUCCUGCAAGGAAGAAAAUGAAGUGUGAGAUGCCACCAACAUCUGUAACUUCAAUUGCUGAGAUGAACAAUUUAUUGAUUCGUAGCCGUGCAUCUCCCCGUUCGCUGAAGCCACGGUGGUCUUCAGUGCAUGAUCAGGAACUUUUGUCCGCAAAAGAACAGAUCCAGAAUGCUCCUGUUGUAAGGAAUGAUCGUGAGCUUUAUGCUCCGCUUUUUCGGAAUGUAUCCAUGUUUAAAAGGAGCUAUGAACUGAUGGAAGGCAUGCUCAAAGUCUAUGUCUAUAGGGAAGGAAGAAAACCCAUAUUUCAUCAGCCAAUACUCAAGGGAAUAUAUGCUUCUGAGGGAUGGUUUAUGAAACUAAUGGAGGGAAACAGACACUUUUCUGUGAAGGAUCCUAAAAAAGCUCACCUAUUUUACAUGCCUUUUAGCACAAGAAUGCUAGAGUACACAUUGUAUGUGCAUAAUUCACACAAUCGGAUGAACCUAAGACAAUACUUGAAAAGCUAUGUUGACAUGAUUGCUGCAAAAUAUCCCUUCUGGAAUAGAACUGGAGGAGCAGAUCACUUUCUUGUUGCUUGCCAUGAUUGGGCUCCAUAUGAAACUAGGCACCACAUGGAACGUUGCAUUAAAGCCCUCUGCAAUGCUGAUGUCGCUGGUGGCUUCAAAAUAGGGAGGGAUGUAUCUCUUCCAGAAACGUAUGUCCGUUUUGCAAGGAAUCCUCUCAGAGAUGUCGGUGGAAAACCUCCUUCUGAGAGGACAAUUCUUGCCUUCUUUGCUGGCAACAUGCAUGGGUAUUUACGACCAAUCCUGCUGCAGUACUGGGAGAAGGAUCCAGACAUGAAGAUUUUUGGUCCAUUGCCUCAUGGUGUUGCAAGAAAAAUGAACUAUAUCCAGCACAUGAAGAGUAGCAAGUACUGUAUCUGUGCCAAGGGUUACGAGGUCAAUAGUCCAAGGAUUGUUGAAGCCAUAUUCUAUGAGUGUGUCCCUGUGAUUAUAUCUGAUAACUUUAUACCUCCUUUUUUUGAGGUUUUAGAUUGGGAUGCAUUCUCAGUAAUCCUCCCUGAGAAAGACAUACCCAAUUUGAAAGACAUACUCCGUUCAAUACCAGAGGAGAAGUAUCUUGCAAUGCAGCUAGGUGUAAGGAAGGUGCAGAAACAUUUUCUUUGGCACAGUAAGCCCAUGAAAUAUGAUCUUUUUUAUAUGACCCUCCAUUCAAUCUGGUUCAAUAGAGUUUUUCAGUUAAAACCCAGAUGAGAGCAACAAGAUUAGAACAUCUCAGAAAUAAUCCUUCUUUGUAAAGAACAGACCAAAGAAAGGGAGAAAGAAAACGAGAAGGUAAUGAACAGAAUGGGUGAAUGCAUCAUUACAGGUUGGUGGUCUUCCUUGAAUAACCAACCCCCCGUCCCCCCGCCCCCUUCUCUGAUCAUGUCUGAAAGUUAAAGUGGAAAUUUGAAUAUUGAAAAAUAAUGGUGGAAUGGUCUUUGAAAUGCUCUUAGAACAGUUGGAUGCUGUAUGUAAAAUGUGUUUCUUGUAGCUAGAA